GAGGUAUUGCCAUGAGGCGAUACACCGGAAGAGACUUCUCUGCCGCCAAGGUUCGCUGCCAGGACCCCGGCCCCCAGAGGCCGCGGCCACAGGCGCCAGAGACUACUCUGUCUCAGCAUCUCUGGCUGCGACACAACUUGCCUGCGUGUUUUUGUCUUGCGACUGCGCCUGCGCGGCUACGGCGUGUAGAGUGCUAGAGGGAAAGAAGUAAAUGUAGUAGUUUGGCCCAGUUCGCGUGCCGUUACGGCGGAGCGUCACGCGGAGGAUUGUGGGUCCCAUGUGAGGCUCGUAGAAAGAUACGACACGUAUUCGGUUUCUUCAAACAUUUCUUCAGUGAGAGAUUUUAAAAUGUCAUCCAAACAAGAAAUAAUGAGUGACCAGCGGUUUAGGCGGGUUUCAAAGGAUCCCAGAUUUUGGGAAAUGCCAGAAAAGGAUCGAAAAGUCAAAAUUGACAAGAGAUUUCGAGCCAUGUUUCAUGACAAAAAGUUCAAAUUGAACUAUGCUGUUGAUAAAAGAGGACGCCCCAUCAGCCACAGUACCACGGAGGACUUGAAACGUUUCUAUGACCUUUCAGAUUCUGAUUCUGACCUCUCUGAUGAAGAUAACAAAGCACUGAACCAAAAGAAAAUGAAGAAAAAACCCCAGACCAAAAAAGAAAUAGAUUCAAAAAAUCUGACUGAGAAGAAAAAGAAAGAAACUGAAAAAGUUAGUCAAAAUAAAAAUGAUGUAGAUAAUUCCGAAAGAAUUCAGCAAAAGAAAAACUCAUGUAGAUUUAAGAAGAUAGAUUUAGAAAUAAGUCCCAAAAAGGAUAGUGAAGAAUUUACAUAUAAAAGUACAAAAGUGAAAAAAAACAUCAAAUGUAGUACAGACACUUUUCCCAAAGGAAAACUAAGGACGGUUUACUCAAGCACCUCUGAAACUGUGAAAUCUCCCAAGAUCAUUUGUUCUAAGUCAAAAAGAGAAAAACAAUCAGUUCCAUUCAUAGUGGUAAAAGACAGUGAUGGUAAAAUGUUUGACAAAGAUACUAUGGAGGAAGAUUCAGACAGUGCUAGUGAAAAAAGAAGUGAUGAAGAAUCUGAAGAUGAAAUCACAGAUGGUAGUGGAGCUUCAUCUGAUGAUGAAAAUGAAGAUGAUGAAGAAGAUGAAGAGGAAGAUGAAGAUAGUAAAGAUGAUACUGAAAGUGACAGUGGCCCUGAUCUUGCAAGGGGUAAAGGAAAUAUAGAAACUAGUUCUGAAGAUGACGAUGAUUUGGCAGAUUUAUUUCCAGAAGAACCUGGUUUUGAGCAUGCUUGGAGAGAAUUAGAUAAAGAUGCUCCUCGGGCUGAUGAGAUUACACAUCGAUUAGCAGUUUGCAACAUGGACUGGGAUAGAUUAAAGGCAAAAGAUUUGCUGGCUCUGUUCAAUUCUUUUAAGCCUAAAGGAGGUGUUAUAUUUUCUGUAAAGAUAUAUCCUUCAGAAUUUGGAAAAGAAAGAAUGAAGGAAGAACAAGUUCAAGGACCAGUAGAGUUAUUAAGUAUUCCUGAAGAUGCCCCUGAAAAAGACUGGACCUCUAGAGAAAAACUGAGAGAUUAUCAGUUCAAACGACUGAAGUACUAUUAUGCAGUAGUAGACUGUGAUUCUCCUGAAACAGCAAGUAAAAUUUAUGAGGAUUGUGAUGGCCUGGAAUUUGAAAGUAGCUGUUCUUUCAUAGAUCUAAGGUUUAUACCAGAUGAUAUUACUUUUGAUGAUGAGCCUAAGGAUGUAGCCUCAGAAGUGGAUUUAACAGCAUAUAAACCAAAAUAUUUCACAUCUGCUGCAAUGGGAACAUCAACGGUGGAGAUAACUUGGGAUGAGACUGAUCAUGAAAGAAUUACAACACUCAACAGAAAGUUUAAAAAGGAAGAACUUUUGGACAUGGAUUUUCAAGCCUAUUUAGCUUCCUCCAGUGAAGAUGAGGAUGAGAUUGAAGAGGAGAUAGAAGGUAAUGAUGGAAUCAGUGUGGAAGAUGGCAAAACAAAGAAAAGUCAGAAGGAUGAUGAAGAACAAAUUGCUAAAUACAGGCAACUCUUGCAAGUUAUUCAAGAAAAAGAAAAGAAAGGCAAAGAAAAUGAUAUGGAAAUGGAGAUUAAGUGGGUUCCAGGUCUUAAAGAAAGUGCAGAAGAGAUGGUCAAGAACAAAUUGGAAGGAAAGGAUAAAUUGACUCCUUGGGAACAAUUUUUAGAGAAGAAGAAAGAGAAGAAAAGACUGAAAAAGAAACAGAAGACUCUUGCUGAAGAAACCAGUGAAGAUGAACUCCCCCCUGAUGUUGAUUUGAGUGACCCAUACUUCACUGAAGAAGGUAAAAAAUUAGAUAUAAAGAAAAAAUCAGUGAAAUCUACAAAAGAUGGUACAUCUCUGGAGGAAGAAACUGAAAUAGAAAGACAAAAGGCUGAAAUGGCUUUGCUCAUGAUGGAUGAGGAGGAGGACAGCAAGAAACACUUCAAUUAUAACAAGAUUGUGGAGCACCAGAAUCUGAGCAAAAAGAAGAAAAAGCAACUUAUGAAAAAGAAGGAAUUAGUAGAGGAUGACUUUGAGGUAAAUGUUAGUGAUACACGGUUUCAGGCAAUGUAUACUUCCCACUUGUUCAAUUUGGAUCCUUCAGAUCCUAACUUCAAGAAAACAAAAGCUAUGGAAAAAAUUCUUGAGGAGAAAGCCCGGCAAAGAGAACAAAAAGAACAAGAACUCACUCAGACAAUAAAGGAAAAAGAGAGUGAGUUUGAACAGGCAUCACAGAAGAAGUCCAUUGAUCCUGCCUUAUCAAUGCUGAUUAAAUCUGUAAAAAACAAAACAGAACAGUUUCAAGCAAGAAAAAACAAAAAGUCAAAUAACUGGAUCUUGUUUCUUUUUGGAUGGAGACUGUAUACAGAAACAGAAUGAAUAUUGAGAAAGCUGCCUUUCAAAAAUAUGAAAACUUUUUCUGACCAUACUAAAAGUUUUCUUAAUUGUGGAUGGUAGACAGAUUUGUACCAUAUAUUCCCACAGAUUAAUCUGAUUUAAAUUACUUUAAUUAUAGGAGUUAUAAUAUUUUUAUAUUUUAUGAAGUUCAGUUGCUACCAAUAGAAAGUUUCUCUAAGUUAGUUAGCUUCUUUUAAAAGAUUUACAAUUCUAUGUAAAAAUAGAAGGGUACCUACUCUUAAGUCCAUGUAAAGGUUAGUGACAAAUUAAAAAUAAGGAUAUAUAAUAAUACAUUUAUUUUUCUGAAAGCAGGAGACAAAUUUAGAUAGCUAUUAAAAUUAUUUAUUUUUAUAGCUAUAAAGGAUGGAGGUCAAGAACUAACUUUGUUGUUUGUCAUGCUUAGUAAUUUGUUUAUGGAAUUAAUUUAUAAAUAAAAGCACAAAAUAUUUUUAUCAUUUUGGUUAGAACUGAUUCACUUUGUAUACCUCAAGUAAACCGCUUUCUGGAAAAAUAUCUAAAAAUGUGGCUUUAACUCUUUAAGAGGACAACUCCUAUGAAAAGGCAGUUCCAAGUUUUCUUGCUUAUAAUUGCUUUUGAAAUGUUCAUGAGGUCUAUGGUGGUUUUUCUAUUUGUAGCAGUAGAAAAUUCUUCUGUCUGUCCUUCAGAUUUUUGGAAUGCUUUAUAAGGGUGGAUAUGCUGCUAUAGAGUUUAAGGAAACCCUAAUUCUUUUUAAAAUUAAAAUAAAACAUACCUUCAAGGCCUUAAUAAUCUUGGAUCUCAUCUGAGCUAAAUUUUAUAAAUUAUUAACUGACCACUUGAACAGGAAAAUUAGAUGUGCUAUAUAUAAGUAUGUGGAAAUAAAACCAAAAUAGUCACUUGGAGCAAAUUAUAAAUAUGGUGCCUUCUAAAAGGCAGUAGGAGUUUGGUCAGGUAUGUGGUUAAUGGUCUUAACAUUUUUGGUAUAAAAAUUCAAACUAACUAAUAUAGCAUAUGUUUUAAAGAGUGAGAGGAUGCAAAAAUUGGAACAAUAUCAAAGUAAUGAGAGAAUUUAAAUGGUUUCUAAAAGGGAAGAGAAAAAGAAGACAUUUAAAUUAUUCAUUCUAACAGGAAGGAAAAUGCAGAGCAUCUGAACAGAAUUGUGUAUUCAUUAUAAAGCAUUGUUAGGUUAUUCAGCCAAAUAAAAACAUUCCUUUUGAUACAUAUCUGAACUUUCCAGUCUUUACUCGUCACUGAGCAGCCAUGAAUCUUAAUAUAUUUAUGAGUAUAGUCUGUAAACAGUUCAAUAAUUCUUAUUUCAUUCUUUUUAAGGAAGAAGUUUUGUUCCCUUUAAACUAUUUAAUUAUAAGGUAGGGAUUAUUACUCAGUUUGAUUUUAAGGUUCCUGUGAAACUGAGUCUUUUGGUGGUUUGGUUUGGUGUGGAUUUUCAUUUUUGAACACUUUGUUUUUAAGUCACUACAUUUAAUUAUAAAAUCUCAUUUUGCUAUUCAGGUACAUAAUUAUUAUGGAUAAGUUGUACAUGUAAGUUAUAUAUAUUUUCUCAAAGAGUUAAUAUAUUUUAGGUAGGGAAAAAAUGAGAACAGUUUUAUCAGGUACCUCACUCUGCUAAAUAAACAUUCUACACCAAAAAUUCUCAAAUUAUCAAGUUCUCAAAUUAUUGCUGGUGGUAAAAGUCAGGAUUAAACAUUGCCAAUGUAACAAUUCAGUGAACAAAUGAGGGUAGUUUCGGUGACUCUGAAGGUCACAUUUUGGAUUUUUUAUUGUUAGGACCGUGAAGAGUAGAUCAACACUAACAUCUAAAAAGGGUCAUAAAUGGUGACUCUACCAGUGAAACUGUAAUUUCUCAGAAUUUCAUAGAAAAUCUUGGGAUUAGCUUUAUGUAGGGUAUUUUUGCUACUUCUCAAAGGGAGAUAUAUUACAAACACCUAGCAGAAAAGUGAAAAUUUUAUCAUUCCAGAUUCAUUACAGAGUAGGAUAAUAUUAGAUUGUGUUCCUUAGAUUUUUGGUGUGUCUUAAAAAUCCUAGUGGCCCCAUUUGCACCCCAAACCUAAUACUCCUGGUAAGUUCUAGACAUUGUUAUUUUUUAAUGUUUCCCAGGUAAUUCUAUCACGCAGCCAAACUUGAGAACGACUUCUUUGGAAGAGAGGAGACCCAAGGCAUUUACUUUUGUGUUCACCAGAUCAGAGACUUGAAUGAACUUAAUAUCAAAUGUGUCCAUUAGUAGUUGCUUGAAAUGGCAAACAUAUUCUUAAGAAUCUAUGGGUUGACUGAGGAUUAAGGGUCAACUCAGUUGAGACUCCACUCAACUGAGAUGGUUUGGUGUUGGCUAAAGGAUCUCUCACUCUCCCAUUACCUAUAAUAGGCUUCUUCACAUGGUGAUAGAGGGUUUUCAACUACAUCAAAAGUCCCAGUACAAAAACAUGUUUUUACAUAAUGCAGUGCCACAUUUGCUAUUUUUCUUGUUGACCAAAGCAGAUCACAGGGCCAAACCCCAAAUCAACAAGUGACAAUGUUAUAAAGCAAAGGGCUGUACAUACAAGGAGCCAUAAGCAAAUUAAGGGUCAUGAUUAAAACCAUUUAUACAUGAUUUAGGUUUCCUCUUCUGUGGAAGGGGAAUUUACUAUCCAUCAGGCAAUAUAAAACAAGCUUAUUUCCAGUUUGGGGCAAUUACAAAGCUACUAUUGAUGUAUAGUCUUGUAUGUGAAACAUACAAGGUUUGCACUUUUCUUGGGGAAAUACCUAGGAGUGGAAUUCUGGGUCGUAUGGUUGGUUUAUAUUUAACUUUAUAACAAACUGCAAACUUUUGUAUGAAUAUAAAUUGGUUUGUAGUCUUGUAAUGUUUUUGUCUAGUUUUGAUAAUCAGGGUAAGUCUAACUUCAUAAAAUGAAGUGAGUAGAAGAGGAAUGAAUACUUGUAUUUUCUGGAAAAGAAUGUACAGAAUUGGGGUUAUUUCUGACUUACAUUUUGGGAGAAUUGCCAAUGAAACCAAUAAGUUUUCUUAAUAGGGAACUUGUAAACUAUAAGUUGUUUCUUUAAUACUUAUAGGACUGUUCAGGUUAUCUACUUCUUCAGUAAAUUUU